GAGAGAAGAAAAGCUGAUUUUACUUUUCUGUCUUUUCAGUUUUCACUCUUUACAAUCUCCAAUGGAAGGCUCUGUCGAGAACUGGCAGUUCAUUUGCCGAGAACCCUGCCUGAGCGGCCCCGUUCACGGCUUCAAAACCGCCUUCAACAACCUCUCCGACUCCCCCGUUCGCAGUUGCAACUUCUCUUCCGCCCCAGAGCUCUCCCGUCCCAAUCAGUUAGCCGUCAUGGAGGAGUCGUCCAGUGAAGACGAGGGAGAUUUCGAUUGGAAGGAUCAUCUUCAAACGGCCAACAGAGAACUGGAGCCGUCCAUCUUGGACCCACGAGACGAAGGAACGCCUGACAGCUGGAUCGAGCGCAACCCCUCCAUGAUCCGUCUCACAGGCAAACACCCAUUCAACUCGGAGCCGCAAUUGACACAGCUCAUGCACCACGGCUUCAUUACUCCGGUUCAGCUCCACUACGUCCGGAACCACGGUCCGGUCCCCCAGGCCAAGUGGGCGGACUGGACGGUCGAGGUGUGUGGGUUCAUGAACCGACCGGCCGUCUUCACCAUGGACCAACUCGUCACCGAGUUCCCGAGUCGCGAGUUCCCCGUCACCCUCGUCUGCGCGGGUAACCGUCGCAAGGAGCAAAACUUGGUGAAACAAACCAUCGGAUUCAACUGGGGCGCUGCAGGCGUAUCCACUUCGGUGUGGCGCGGAGUACGGCUUUGCGAUGUACUCAAACGAUGUGGCAUCUAUAGCCGUCGAAAGGGAGCCCUCAACGUUUGUUUCGAAGGAGCUGAAGAUCUCCCCGGCAGUGGUGGUUCCAAGUACGGGACAAGCAUAAAGAAGGAGAUCGCAAUGGAUCCAUCGCGGGACAUCAUUAUAGCGUACAUGCAGAACGGAGAGCUUCUAUCUCCGGAUCACGGCUUCCCCAUUCGAAUGAUCAUCCCUGGGUUCAUCGGCGGACGAAUGGUGAAAUGGCUGAAGCGCAUCAUCGUCACUACUGAGGAGUCACAGAAUUACUACCACUACAAGGACAACAGGGUCCUUCCUUCUCACGUCGACGCCGAACUAGCCAACGCCGAAGCUUGGUGGUACAAGCCGGAGUACAUUAUUAACGAGCUGAACAUAAACUCGGUGAUCACGACGCCGUGCCACGAGGAGUUCUUGCCGAUUAAUUCUACGGCGAAUCAGAGACCGUAUACAUUGAGGGGCUAUGCAUAUUCUGGGGGAGGGAAGAAGGUGACACGUGUAGAGGUGACUCUGGACGGUGGAGAGAGCUGGCUAGUGUGCGCUUUGGACCACCCAGAGAAACCCAACAAGUAUGGGAAAUACUGGUGCUGGUGCUUCUGGUCACUUGACGUGGAAAUGCUGGACCUGCUUGGGGCCAACGAGAUCGCUGUACGAGCCUGGGAUGAGUCACUCAACACGCAACCAGAGGAGCUUAUCUGGAACGUCAUGGGAAUGAUGAACAACUGCUGGUUCCGGGUGAAGAUGAACGUGUGCAAGCGGCACAAGGGCGAGAUCGGGAUUGUGUUCGAGCACCCGACUCAGCCGGCGAACCAGCCGGGUGGGUGGAUGGAUCGGCAGAAGCACCUCGACUCGGCCGAGUCGAACCCGAUCAUGAAGAAGAGCGUCUCCUCGCCCUUCAUGAACAUUUCCUCGAAGACCUUCUCCAUGUCCGAGGUGAAGAAGCACAACUCGGCCGAGUCUGCAUGGAUUGUCGUCCACGGCAAGGUCUACGACUGCACCCCGUUCCUGAAGGACCACCCGGGUGGUGCCGACAGUAUCCUCAUCAAUGCCGGCGGCGAUUGCACCGAGGAGUUCGACGCAAUCCACUCCGAUAAAGCCAGGAAAUUGCUCGAAGAUUAUCGAAUUGGUGAACUUAUCACCUUCGGUUACACCUCCGACUCGUCCUCCUCACCAAACAACUCAGUCCAUGGCGCCUCCAACUUGACUCUCCUAGCUCCCAUCAAAGAAGUCAGUACUGUUACAAUUAAUGUUGCUCUGAUACCGCGUGAAAAAAUUCCAUGCAAGCUCAUAUGCAAGACUUCAAUCUCUCACGACGUCCGUCUCUUCCGCUUCGCGUUGCCGUCGAAGGAUCAAGUCCUGGGAUUACCAGUAGGGAAGCACAUUUUCCUCUGCGCUACCAUAGAUAAUAAGCUCUGCAUUCGUGCUUACACCCCAACAAGCUCAGUCGACGAUGUGGGCUACUUCGAUCUUGUCGUCAAGGUCUACUUCAAGGGAAUGAACCCUAAAUUCCCCAAUGGAGGGCUCAUGUCACAGUUCUUGGAUUCUCUCUCCCUAGGCUCUACCGUGAACGUUAAGGGUCCAUUGGGACACAUCGAGUACACCGGCCACGGCAGCUUCACCGUACACGGCAAGCCCAAAUUUGCGAAGCGGCUCGCAAUGCUGGCCGGAGGGACAGGAAUCACACCCAUCUAUCAGGUGAUCCAAGCAAUCUUGAGAGACCCAGAAGAUGAUACAGAGAUGUACGUCGUGUAUGCCAAUCGCACCGAAGAUGAUAUAUUGUUAAGAGAGGAGCUUGAUGGGUGGGCGGAGAAGCAUGAGAGGUUGAAGGUGUGGUAUGUGGUGGGGAAGGCGUUGAGGGAAGGGUGGAAGUACAGUGAAGGGCUGAUUACAGAGAGUGUUCUGAGGGAGCAUAUCCCUGGGGGAUCGAGCGACACCUUGGCGUUGGCGUGCGGACCACCGCCGAUGAUUCAGUUUGCGGUGGUUCCGAACUUGGAGAAGAUGAAGUACGACGUCAAGGAGUCGCUGCUAGUGUUUUGAAGUGCUUGGGUGAGAGAACCUAA